AUGGAGUAUGAACGUGAGUUUGUGAAACUCAGCAAAUACGCACGGAAGUGUGUGUCCUCAGAAGCCGCCAUGUUUAAAAGGUUUGAGGAUGGUCUAAAUGAGGAUAUUCGGGAUAUUCGGGUAUUUGUUGGCAUCUUAGAGCUAAGACAAUUUGUGGUGCUCGUUGAAAGAGCAUGCAAGGCAGAAGAAUUGGUUAAAGAGAGGAGAAAGGCGGCGAUUGAAUCGCGGGAUUCAAGAAAAAGACAGAUGGGGAAAUCGCAUCAGUCCUCAUCUAAGAAAUCUAAGGAAUUCUCUACCCGAUCGAAUGCUUCAGUGGGGCUCUAUUUUGGUAAGUUCCAACGUAAUGAAAGAGGAUGCUUCAAAUGUGGAUCUCUGUACCACUUCAUCCGAGACUGUCCCGAGCUAGAUGACAAGGAGAAAAAGCAUGAUGUGAGAGCAAGUAGUGCUCUUUCAAGAGGUAGACCACAAAAGAACUCUGAAAGUGGGGCUACCAGCAGGGGUGUGUCGAAAGAUACUACAGUGAGGUCCGAGGGUAGAGUGCCUACAAGGAUUUACGCUAUUCGUGCCCAUGAAGAGGCAGAAUCUCCUGACAUGUUCACGGGUACCUUUUUCUAUCCAUGGAAUAUCUGUUGUUACUUUAAUUGA